UCUAAUGGGAGGAGGCUGCGAGGCGGGGCGGGACAGACCGAAGCCCCGGGGUCCAAGUUCCAACCCCCCGCCUGCGGGCUGCCGGGGCAUCACCUCCUCGCAGAAUCCCAGGCUGUGGAGCGGGCUGGUCUAGCCUCCGCUCCAGUGCCCGCACUGUGCCCUGCAUCCCGGGAGUCCAGCUCCAGCUGCGGCGACGCGGCAGGUGCCUCCCCUUCUUGGGGACGUGGUCACCAUGUUCUUCUGCGCGAAGGCCUAUGAGGAUCAGAACUACUCGGCACUGAAGCGGGCCUGUCUGCGCAAGAAGGUGCUGUUCGAGGAUCCCCUCUUCCCGGCCACCGACGACUCCCUCUACUAUAAGGGCACCCCGGGACCCACAGUCAGGUGGAAGCGGCCUAAGGAUAUCUGUGACGAUCCCCGGCUCUUCGUAGAUGGCAUCAGCUCCCAUGACCUGCACCAGGGCCAGGUGGGCAACUGCUGGUUUGUGGCUGCCUGCUCAUCACUGGCCUCCCGAGAGUCACUCUGGCAGAAGGUCAUCCCAGACUGGAAGGAGCAGGAAUGGAACCCUGAGAAGCCAGACAGCUAUGCCGGUAUCUUCCAUUUCAACUUCUGGCGCUUUGGAGAGUGGGUGGACGUGAUCGUCGAUGACCGGCUGCCCACAGUCAACAACCAGCUCAUUUACUGCCACUCCAACUCCAAAAAUGAAUUCUGGUGUGCCCUGGUGGAGAAGGCCUAUGCCAAGCUGGCAGGUUGUUACCAGGCCCUGGACGGAGGCAACACAGCCGACGCACUGGUGGAUUUCACAGGUGGUGUUUCUGAACCCAUUGACCUGACUGAGGGGGACUUGGCCACCGAUGAGGUUAAGAGAAAUCAGCUCUUCGAGCGUGUGAUGAAGGUGCACAGCAGAGGCGGGCUCAUCAGUGCCUCCAUCAAGGCGGUGACAGCAGCUGACAUGGAGGCCCGCCUGGCAUGUGGCCUGGUGAAGGGCCAUGCAUAUGCUGUCACUGAUGUGCGCAAGGUGCGCUUGGGCCAUGGCCUGCUGGCCUUCUUCAAGUCAGAGAAGCUGGACAUGAUCCGCCUAAGGAACCCCUGGGGCGAACGGGAAUGGACCGGACCCUGGAGUGACACGUCAGAGGAAUGGCAGAAAGUGAGCAAGAGUGAGAGGGAGAAGAUGGGCGUGACCGUGCAGGAUGAUGGUGAAUUCUGGAUGACCUUCGAGGACAUGUGCCGGUACUUUACCGACAUCAUCAAGUGCCGCCUGAUUAACACAUCCUACCUGAGCAUCCAUAAGACGUGGGAGGAAGCCCGGCUGCAUGGUGCCUGGACGAGACAUGAGGACCCACAGCAGAACCGCAGUGGAGGCUGCAUCAACCACAAGGACACUUUCUUCCAGAACCCACAGUACAUAUUUGAAGUCAAGAAGCCAGAAGAUGAAGUGUUGAUCUGCAUCCAGCAGCGGCCCAAGCGCUCAACUCGCCGAGAGGGCAAAGGCGAGAAUCUGGCGAUUGGUUUCGACAUCUAUAAGGUGGAAGAGAACCGCCAGUACCGUAUGCACAGCCUACAGCAUAAGGCCGCCAGCUCCAUCUACAUCAAUUCGCGCAGCGUUUUCUUGAGGACAGAGCUUCCCGAGGGCCGCUAUGUUAUCAUCCCUACCACCUUUGAGCCAGGCCACACUGGCGAGUUCCUGCUCCGAGUCUUCACGGAUGUUCCCUCCAACUGCCGGGAGCUACGUCUGGAUGAGCCCCCUCGGACCUGUUGGAGCUCCCUCUGUGGCUACCCUCAGCAGGUGACCCAGGUCCAUGUCCUGGGGGCUGCUGGCCUCAAGGACUCCCCAACAGGAGCAAACUCAUAUGUGAUCAUCAAGUGUGAGGGCGAAAAGGUUCGCUCAGCUGUGCAGAGAGGGACCUCGACACCAGAGUACAAUGUGAAAGGCAUCUUCUAUCGCAAGAAACUGGCUCAGCCCAUCACCGUGCAGGUUUGGAAUCACCGAGUCCUAAAGGAUGAAUUCCUGGGCCAGGUGCACCUGAAGACUGACCCAGAUGACCUGCAGGACCUCCACACCCUCCAUCUCCAGGACCGCAGUAGCCGGCAGCCCAGCGAUUUGCCAGGCAUCGUAGCUGUGCGCGUCCUCUGCAGUGCCUCUCUCACCGCGGUCUGACGUCACCCUGCCUGUCCGGCCCCUCUACUCCUCACCACUACUCGCAUGUCCCCACCUGGCCUGGGACCAGCCUGGGAACCAGACACUGGGGCCCUUUACCCACUCUUCCACUGACCUACUGUGUGACCUGAGGAGAGCCCUGCCCUCUCUGAGCCUCAGUGUUUGGAGGGCCCCAAAGAAUUCCUGUCUUGUGGGGGAGUUUUCUUGCCUAAGAUCUAAAGCAGCUAGCUCUCUCUACCCAGUGGGCGCUGCUGUUAAGGGGCUAUCUGUUGAAAACAUUUCCCCGGCUCUGCUGUCUGCCGGGGAGUGCCAAGAUGUCAAUUGUUUACACACGAACUGCCAUGCCCCAAGCCCCUUCCCUCUCCUUGUUUGCUAUGGGGGAGGUUGCUUCCCUCCCCAGAUCUUUGCUAUGUAGCUUAGAGUGACCUUAACUCCUGAUCUCCUGCCUCCACCUCCUCAGUGCCGUACCACUACACCAAUUUAUGUGGUGCUGGGUAUGAAACCCAGGGCUUUGUGCAUGCUAGGCGAGCACCUACCAACUGAGCUACAUCCCCAAUCCCACUACACCCCAUUUUAAAACCAUCUUGAAAGAACCCUUAGUGGGCAUACGUAGGAGACAUCAGCUCAUUGUCUAAUGCUGGGCCUCCAUCCAUUUAGUUAUUCAGUAUAGGCUUGCCCAGUUAGCCCACUGAGCCGCCCUAGGCUUCCUGAUUCUCAGGUCUUCUUGGAGGUAGAUCCCUUCCUGAGCAUCAGGCUCUGACUUCACUCUCGCUCUCUGAAGAGCUAUUGUCAUGCUAGUAGAAAGUAUGAUUUCCCAACUUCUACUCAUGAUGUUGAAAGGAGUGGCCUGGGCCAGGCAGGUUGAUGUAAGGCUAUGGGAGACCCAAGGGAGAUGGACACCCGCUGCCUCUGCUGAAAGACCCUGGGGUUGUCAUGCAAGAAAGGACUCUAGGGUAGAUGGUACCAGGCCUUCAGGGUUAGAUCAUCUGUCGGGUGUCUUAGAUGGGGACUUCUCACGACCAGAGGGCUCUCCACCAGCAUCCCCCAAAGAGCCAAGGAGACCACCACACUCUUAUUGUCCGGACCAAAAUGUUGCUCUCAAUCCUCAACAUUUGAUACUCUUAGCAUUUAAAAAAAACUCAGUGUUAAGGGAGGUCAGCCCACACAUUUGUUCUUUGCAAACUCGUUUUGUUGGUCUUCUGCUUUUAUCUUGACACUGAGCACGAGAGGGCACGGUGGCAGUGGGACCUUUCCAGAAGAAUCUCAGAGAAGGAUGGAGAUGAGAUGUUCAUUCCUGGCUGCCGGCUGCAUUCCUGAGGCGAGCAGUACUGGUGCUGUGGCUCACAGGUCCCCUCUGUGCCCUCCUUCAGCUUCCAGACCAGAUUUAGUAGAUUUAAAAAAAAAAUACAAUUGGGUCAUCAGCCGCAAUUCCUUUUGGAACUGUUACAUUCUGCCUCUGGUCCCUCUGACAUGGUCCCCUUCCUGGCUGGAGGUGCUGGAUUCUGACUGCCAUCUUGCUCCAUGGUGGCUCUUCUGGCCUGGGACCUGGUCCACAGGAAGGGCUAGGAGGUGAAUUAAAGAUAAGAGAUACUCCUCCUGCACACUUGGGCCUUCCCUUCAAUGACCUGGGCCUAGGGUUGUGCAUUCCACCAGGAGCAAAUCACUUCGACCUCCCGUGCCUCAAUUCCUCCCUCUGUAGCAUGGGGCUGGCAACUCCUAUUUGUGAGGACUCUUACAAGGAUAAGAGCAAUGCCACACCACUUCCACUGUGUGUCAAUCUAUCGUAUAUUCCGCAUGGUUCACACGUUCACUUCUCAAUGGCUAUUGCCAACGAAGACUGCAGUCAGGAAUGGAGGAUGAGCACUUGCUUCACAAUCUUGGGUCUCAGGGCCUGACAUGUGGGUCUUAGCUCAGCCAUAUCCCUCUGAGGCAAGGGCAGACAAGGACCAAGUAGCAAACGUGUAGAUGUGUCUGUCACCUGGCAUCGAGCCACUGCCCCCCACCUCUAGCAGAACUGGGUCAGCAGCCCUGUUCUUGCUUCCUCUCUCUUAGUUAGGCCAGGCUGGCUCCUGGCUGUGAAGGAACCUCUGGUCCCCAGGAAGCCUCGAAGACUGGACAGGCGAGGACAGGGUGGAGCAAGGAUAGCAGUGGCUUUUUUCACCGUUUGCACCCAGGAGGCCUUGUAGUGUUCCAGCUGCAGGUGAUCAGUCCUGCUGGGUACACUACAUGGAUCACCAGGGCCUGGCCUUCACUCCUCCAGGCCACAACGCCCUGGGGUCAAGGGAGAGGAACUCUUAUCUUCUCAGAAUAAAUAUUACUGCCACUCUAGA